AUGUAUUCUGCUGGUGCUAGCAACAGCAACACACCCACUCCUACGCCAUCUACUAGAGAAUCCACCCCGAGUUCUUCUACUCCAAAAGGCAUAAAUAGAGGAAAAUCUGAUCCGGCAUGGGCACAUUGCAAGGAAGUACCGUCAGCAAAUGGAAGGAAAGGGCUACUAUGCUUGUAUUGCUCAAAAGUUCUCUCUGGUGGCGGUAUAAAUCGGUUUAAACAACAUUUGGCGGGAUUAAAAGGAAAUGCAGAGGCAUGUCGGAAGGUGCCAGACGCUGUUCGAUUUAGAAUGCAAGAACAUCUGGUUGGGCACAUGUUAGAAAAGAAAAGGAAGUAUGAUAUGUUAGAUGAGCAAAAUCCAUAUGCUACACCCUCUGAGCAUGAUGAGGAGAGAGUAGAAAUGACACAUCUUCAUUCAAAAGCAAAAGGAAAGGCAACUCAAUCAAAGACAGCGAUGCCAAAUAAGAUGAAAAUUAAUUCUUACUUCGAACCGAGAACAACACCGGGAGCUCAAAGGACACUCAAGAGUGUUUUGCAAAGCAAAGAAGUCACCGAGAAGUGUGAUCUUGCCAUUUCUAAGUGGAUGCUCGCUACAAGUAUACCGUUUAAUACGGUUAACUCUCCUUAUUACCAGCAAGCAAUCGAUGCCAUUGCUAGCAUGGGAGCAGGUUAUAAAGGUCCGAGCUUUCAUGAUCUUAGAGGAUAUUUAUUGACAAAAAAUGUUGAGGAGGUAAGAAAGUAUGUCGAUAGCUACCGAUCUAUUUGGAAAGAGACGGGUUGCACGAUAAUGGCGGAUGGAUGGACAGACCAAUGCAGGAGAACUUUGAUUAACUUUUUAGUUUAUUGUCCUAAGGGAACUGUUUUCUUGAAGUCUGUCGAUGCUUCAGAUGCUUCGAAAACUGGGGAGAUGCUUUACAAAUUAUUCAGAGAGGUGGUCCUAUUUGUUGGUCAAGAGAAUGUUGUUCACUUUGUGACUGACAAUGCCGCUAACUACGUGGCUGUUGGUCGUUUGUUGAAGCAGGAGUUCAGGACAAUAUUUUGGUCUCCUUGUGCAGCUCAUUGCAUUAAUUUAAUUCUCAGUGAUAUUGGUAAGUUGGACGAGGUGAGUGAUAUUGUGACUCAUGCUUCGAAGAUUACUAAGUAUAUCUACAAUCAUUGCUUUGCAUUGAAUCUGAUGAGAAAAUUCACUGGUGGACGAGAAAUUCUACGCCCUGCUCCAACUCGUUUUGCCACUAAUUUCAUUGCAUUGCAGAGUAUUUUGGCACAACAGAAUGCUUUGAGGGCUAUGGUAACAUCUAGUGAAUGGACUAGUUCAAGCCAUGCAAAAGAAAGUAAAGCAAAAGAAUUUGUGAAACUGUUAUUUGUGGAUUCUUUCUGGUCUGAAUGUGCAGCCAUAGUGCAGAUUAGUGAACCUCUUGUUCGUGUAUUACGUAUUGUUGAUAGUGAUGAAAGGCCUGCUAUGGGAUUUUUGCUUGAAGCAAUGUACAAAGCUAGGGAAGAGAUGUUGAAAAGAUUCAAUAAGAGAAAGAAGAAGAUUGAGCCGUAUAUCAACAUUCUUGAUGCUCGAUGGGAUAGGCAACUCCACAAAAAUUUGCAUGCUGCUGGGUAUUGGUUGAAUCCCAAAUAUCAGUAUGACUUGACCGAGAUGGAAAAGAAUAGAGGAACGGUUUCCGGUUUGUUGGAUGUGAUAGAGAGAUAUUCCUAUGGAAAGCCCUCAUUGCAGACAAAAUUAACAAGUGAAAUGAAGAUUUUUAAAAAUGCUGAAGGUGAUUUUGGACGAGUAUCCGCAGUAUCCGAUCGCAUCGUGAUGGCUCCAGAUGAGUGGUGGAUGUGGUAUGGCUCGAGUGCACCAAAUUUACAAAAGUUGGCUAUUCGUGUUUUGAGCCAAACUUGUAGUGCCUCGGGUUGUGAGCGGAAUUGGAGUUUGUUCGAUCAUGUUCAUUCUAAGAAAAGGAACCGACUUGAGCAUCAACGGUUGAAUGACCUUGUUUAUGUCCAUUAUAAUUUGAAGUUGCAACAAAGGAACUACUUCAAGGGUAGAAAUUAUGACCCAAUUGACUUCGAGAAGUUUGCUUCUUAUUCUACAUGGGUACUAGAGGAUGAGCCACCGGCCCUAUCAAAUGAAGAAUUGCGAACAUUUAGACGGGAUUUGCAAAUGUGCAUUCAAGAAAAUGGAAAUGAUGAUUCGUUGGAUUUGCAUUUGGAAGAUGUUGAUAUGGAUGAUGAGGCUGAAGAUAAUAUUGAUGGAGGGAAUGUCAAUGACCGAGUCCAAGAGAAUCCAUUGUUUGAAGCUCCUGAAGCACCACAUGAUGCUGCAGCUGAAGACAAUAUUUGUGGAAAUUAUGGUGGAGAUUGGAGUGCAUGGAAUUGCUGAUGAUAUUGACCGAUUAGUUAGUCCUUGUUUGGUUUGAUUUAUCAACUUGUGAUGGUGAACUAUGACUUAUCUUUAUUUUAUUUUUUUUGUUAAUUUACGUGUGAGAUGUGUGAAGGUUAGAUAGACACUUGUGUGCUAAGGUUGUUGUGGUCUUAUGAGUUAUAACUCAUGUGUUGUAUGUUGUUUCCAAUCCAUUCUAUCUCUUUAGGCGAUUUCUUUUGACAUUGGAAAAGUUUUAACUCUUGAUUAAUUGGGCACUGUCAAAUGACUAUCAGUUCUUUUCUACGAGUCAUUUACAAUUAGAUGCAA